GCCGCCGCCCACCCCCACCCCGUAUGGCCUCCCUUGUAGACAGAUUGCUGUACGCACAACCCUAAAUCUAUCGGUUUUGGUCUCUCUCGCCGCCGGAUCGCCGGUCCCCAACCCCCACGGCCGCCUCCGUCAGUAAGGCAUCGCCAUGUCUGCCGCUCCAGAAGCUCCUCCUUCCGAAGGUCCUCCAUCGUUCAUCGCCAUGUCUGCCGCUCCGGAAGCUCCUCCUUCCGAAGGUCCUUCAUCGUCGGUCGCCAUAUCCACCUCCCCCUUCCCCAACUGGAUACUGCUGGAGAGCUUUGUCUUCCGCAGGGACGACAAGAAGUCUUUUCCGGACGACACAAAGGCACCCAUCAGGGCGUCCGGCAUCACCUCCUGGAACGCUCCCUUCCGGAUUGCCUUCUCCCUUGCCAAGCCCCCGCUCGCUUCCCGCCUCUAUGCAAAGUUGCGACGCUUUCCAGAUCCUAGUCAAGAGACGCCUUUAGCCAUAGUGGCGACCCACUUCAAUCUACUGCUGCUUCGCGUAGGUACCAAAAUCCCUGCACGAGGGCUAGUGCAGGACUUCUUUAUCUGCAAUGCCUAUGAACCUUCCACGCUCAAAGCUUUGCCUCCUUGUAGAGAGCCCUACACAGAUUAUAGCCGCAGCAGCGGUGACAACCUACCUCGUGGUCGACCCCUCCAGAAGGAGGAGCGACGCCUGCUUGAGGUUCAAUCAAUGGGGCUCUUGUGCGGAGGCGGGGAGAAGUUUGCGGUGGCAGAGCUCUGCGUUUUCAAGACCAUCCACUUAAAAUCAUAUGCUGACAUUUGUUUGCUAUGCUCUCCCACAUCAGCCGCCCCUGUCCUUGGCGGCAAUUGGAACUCGUUCCGUGUACCAAUCCUUGGCAUUGACAGCAAUGAUCCAUGGCACAUUUGUUGCUGGGACACUGACACUGUCAUUACUUUUAGGCACUGGCUGUGCUGGAUCGAUUAUCAUCGUGGUAUUCUAUUCUUUGACGUGUUCGGAGAGCCUGUCCCUACCGUCACAUUCCUUGCUUUUCCUCUUGAUGAGUAUCCUUCCCCGCACAGUCUCAAAGAGGUCAAGCCAUCCAGCCCUCUCAAAUCCAGCCGGUUGUAUCGUGGUGCGUCUGUCUUAUUUGGUGGCAAUAUGAUCAAAUUUGUCAAUGUCACCCGCCACGACGGCAUUGGUUAUGGAGAACUCAAACCUCGUUCAGGCUUCACCAUCACCUGCCACACCCUCGAGUUAGGCGACACCCCAGUGAUAGGCAAUGCAAGGUGGAAGUUAGACUACAAGAUUACUUCUGAUGAGCUUUGGUCCGCCAAUCCUCCUGAGCAUCUUCCACACAACAUUCUCAUGUUCCCUCAAAUAGACUUAGACAUGCCACAUCUAGUGCACUUUAUCAUCAGCGAGUUUGAAUUCGUUAUUAAGAAGAUGUGGUUGGUGUCCAUUGAUAUGAAAACUAAGGAGGUGAAAUCAUUUGCUCCGUACAUCAGUGGGAAGGAAGGACUUGAAACAGACGACGCAGACUUGAUCAGAGAAAGGUCUGACGCUCCCAUGCCCUUCCUACCCUGUGAUUUCUCCAGGUUUCUCCGUCUCUCAAGGUUGAGCAAGGAUAUGGAAUGACUCACGGUGUACAUUUAAGUUCAGCUACCAUGGUGGCCAGAGAUUUUCCAUCAACUUCAUUUGUUCCUCAAUCUCUCGAGCAACUGAAACAUUCUUCUUAAUAGUACCGUAGCCUUUAGGUUCACCUUUCUUCUCUGAAUUUUGCUACUGGUUCUUACAAAAAGUGGGCCUGACAUUUAAAUUUAACAUUACUCGUAUCCACCACAAAUAUGAGGACAUCUCUACCCCUCAUACAUUAACGGUCAUCCACCUGAACAGAUACCUGAAAACUAAAUAUUUUCAGUUGUUAGAAGUAUAUACCAACACACAAGCACAUAUAACACUUGAGGAUUAACAGACUUCACUACCUUACACUGAAAAAAAAAAAUCAAAAUCGAAGACAGCACAGGUGGAUUUUGGAUGUACCAAGUUCAUCAGAAUCACAUGAAUCCAUAAAACUCUGGCCGCCGGUGUGAAUUAGAAGUAUAUAGGGAAACAAAUGAAAAGAUGCCUGAUUUUAACUAUUGUUUCAGUGCAAACUAAACAUUGCCUCUUACCAAAUUGUGCCAGAUGAUUGGGUGGGAGUCUUGAUCUAGUAUGUGUCUUAUAAAUGUUUAUGACAUUGUCUAACUAGUCUGAAACCUGUGAGUCAUCAAAAUGAAAUAUAGAAGCAUCUCAAGUCCCUUCAAUAUGGAUUUUUCUUAGUACUACUGGAACUUGUGCUGCUAAACUUCCAUCACUCUGUGAUGAAGGAAAAGGAGCAAAAAAUCGGGAGGAAAUCAUGUGGUAAGCACCUGAAAAGCACUUGAAAAUUUCAUGACAGUACCUGCUUGGUUUACAAUGAACAGUAGCAUGAAAGAGUUACUCCAGCUAAUUUGUCAGACACACAUAACUGGAAGGCAUAGUGCCAAAACCACCCAGCAUAUAGAUGAAUCAAUAUUAAAUGGAACUAAAUAAUGCACGUCUCUAUUCUAGUGGUAAUGUGAUCAAAAGACGGGGAAUAAGAAAUUAACCAUAUUUCAAUGGGUGGCUCUGCAAGAUAGGAAAUAGGUUAAAUGUGAACAAAAUCAACGUCUUAUAGUAUAGAAGAAUCUGAAGCAAAAUGAUGGUGUGGAUUUACUUUACAGUAUCCAUGCCUACUGAAUAAAUUUAAUUGGUGGAGGCUAGCUAGAAUCGCAUGAUUACUCCAAAAAUAGCACAUUCUCAUCCGGUUUAUGCUACAGAAAACAAACAAGCAAUUAGUUGACUGAGGGAGGGUUAAACCAAAAAAUUAGCAAAGAUUGACAGGCUGGAUGAGGGUCAAUGUCCACCUCAUGCAAUUAAAAUAAAUAUAACUCAAAUUUGCAGCUUACCUGAAUAUUGACAGGCUGGGAGAGUGUUAGCGUCCACCAACGUAAGGUUUCCAACCAGCAAAGUACGUAAAUCUAAUAUACUGUACAGAGUCAUCCCACAUUCGCCAGCUGAUGUAAAUUUUUUGAGAUAAGAUAGGAGAUAUGGGGUCAUCAUAAAAUAGGAGCAUGUCCAACUAAUUCAUUUUCCAAGCCUGCACGCGACUAGAUUGCAUCUCUUGUUUACAUCGAUGUAAAACAGGAGCACGCCCAGCUAUAUCGUUCUGUCCAGUGUGUAUCAAUAAAUAGCAAUGAAUAGGUACUUAACCAUUCAUCACUCACCUGAAGCAGUGUAAAAAUAUGAUAACCAAACCUGAAAAAGUUCAGUGUACUCCAGGUGUAUGCAGUGCUUUCACAGAGUUGACAAAGUGCUACAAAUGUACCAUGAAUUGGAAAAAGAAUACCUGAUCCUGCAUCUUGAAAUUUUUGGUAGUUGCUACCAUGUCUCACUUGUGUUAUGGUCUGUACCUAGAGAAUGUUCUGAAGCCUUCCACAUGGAGACCCUCAACAACUACAGGUCAAAGUGAAAAUACAUAUUUUUAUCAGGACGAUUCAAGUUUAAGAAAAGUCGCAUUUGUGUUCUUUAGCAAUAUUAGGUAACCGAAAGGUAUGAUCAGCCAUGAUGGCAGUGUUUCGUCAACUCAACUAACAAAAAAUUAUACUCCCUAUCAGCAAGUCAAUGAAAUUGUGCAUUGAGAUCAUGGUUACUUGAGCUUAAAUGAUUGGUGAUUAUGAGGGUGCCACGAGCGCAGCUUGUUUUUCCACAUUUUCAAGGUAUGAUCGGCCAUGAUGGCAGUGUUUCGACUAACUCAUAACAGAGAAUUAUACUCCCUAUCAGCAAGUCAAUGACAUUGUGUAUUGAGAUCAUGGUUACUUGAGCUUAAAGGAUUGGUGCUUAUUAGGGUGCCAUUCUUUGUUGCUCGUAGCGUGCAGCUUGUUUUUCCACAUCGUUUUGUGCUGUACCUCUUUCCUGUUUCCUACUAUGCCUUGUUCUGCAAUAGAGCAGAUUCACAAUGAUGGGAUUGUCAACCUAAUAUAGUAGCAACAUCCCAACUUGAUUCUAAAUUUAAAUGGCCGGACAUGGUACUUUUCAGUAUCAGGGACAGUCUAAUUCAUUCAAAAUAGUGGAGCUUAUCCAUAAUAGAGAAGAAAAAAAAUAAAAAAUUUGUUGCAGCCUAUUAAAAAGAGACAGGGAGGUGGGCUGGGUUCUAGUCCAGGCACGGAACGUAAAAUUACACUGACCCAGAUAUAAUUUUCUGGCUAGGGACGGUGGACUAGCUUUUCCCCAAUCGCAAAACGGUGGCUUGGCUGGAGGCAAUGUCUGGCUCGGUCUAUCGACCAUUAGUGUUUUGAGUUUUAGCCGCUCGAGUUGUGUAGGUAGACUAAAAACUUCAUAUCGGUAAUAAAUACUACCUCCGUCCCAAUUUAGUUGUCGCAGAAAUGGAUAAAAAUGGAUGUAUCUAUAUCUAAAAUACGUUUAGAUACAUCCAUUUCUGCGACAAGUAAUUCCGGAUGGAGGGAGUAAUACUUUAUAUGAGGUGUAUUUGUUUUUCCAAAAGUCAAAUGAGUGCAUGUUUGACCGAGUUUUUAGAAAAAUAUAUCAUAUCCACAAUAUGAAAUUUAUGUCAUUUGAUCCAUCAUUAAAAGUAGUUUUGUAUUUUAUCUAUAAUCUUUGGUCAAACAUUCAAAUGGUUGACUUGCACGGAAGUCAAUACACCUUUUAUUCUGGAACGGAGAGAGUAAUAGCUUGCUCCUUCUGCCAUCAAGUUAUCCCUGAGAGUCAUAAGAAUCCUCUGUUUCUCCUUGUUGAAUCUUUUGCUCGUUAUGGAGCUGUCCACUAUCUAUACAUGUGUAGUUCUUUAUUCAUUAUGCAGCCUUCUGUUAGUACUAGUUUGGUGUGCUAUUUUGAAGCAAAAACUCUAGGAACCACACUACGGUGAUUGCUCUUGUAAAGCAUAAAACCGUAUGCUGAUUUAUUGCUAUAUUGCUAAAUGGUGCAAAAUGGAAUAUCUGCUUUUAUUGUGCCAUGUCGCUUAUGAUAGUGUUCUGUUCUGCCACUCCUGGAUAACUCUAAUGUAGUGUUAAUCAACGACCAAGCAGUGCAAUUAAUAUUUAUAUCAGAAUGGAUCUUGGCUUGUGCGUCCCAUCUGUUUAGCUGUGUGUUGCUGGAGGAUGUAAAAGCAUGCUUGACUACUUCAUUUCUUAAGAUUAUGGAUGCUGUACCAUGUCUUCUUACCUGAA